AAAUAGAGACUCAGUUCAAUCUUUAGCAGAAUAAAAAUGAAAAGAAUAUAAGAUGCCAACAAAAGAAAUAAAAGAAGCACUCUUGAGAAAGAGACUAAAAAAAUUAGGUUGUGGUUUUAGGCAUUUAAUUUUAGUGUUCUCUACAUUUUAUCAGGUUUGGCCUCAGAAAUAUUGCAGAAAAAACGGUUGUCUUUUAUGCAUGCAACCUGUUUGAUAAAUUUCCUGACUGAAUUUUCUUCCAUUGCCUUCUCUUUUGAACGUGGUGCGCCAGCUCUGGUCUUAACAUUCAUUCCUGCCGGCCCCCGUAACUCAUCAUUUUUAAGUACAAUCAAGCCUCCACUCUGCAGACUGGCCUUCCCACAGUCUUGUUGGCUGGGCAUUCCUUAUUGAAGUCCAACUCGUCGAUUCUGAGUGUUCGAGGGCUGGUGAGUUGACCAUUGGAAAUUAAACACACCAAAAAGCCUCCACUUUGCAGAUACCAUUAACCGGAUUCAAGCUCCAAAGUACAUGAAAUCUAUAGAAACAGUGACAAUUAUUGCUCUAAAUUUAACUUAGCGGUUAAACGAAGUUGUGUGUUUGUUUUUGGGUUGAUUGGUGUACAAUGGGCGAAAGAGUGUAGUGUAAAGAAAAAACAAGGGAAAUGAGUUCGUAAGAGUGGAGGCCAAGGGGGAGAAAGAUUGAAGAAACAACAGGUGUGGCUGUUGAAGGAGGAGAACUGGGACAGAAUGUUUUGCGCUAGAAAUGUUUGGUCCCGGUUUUCAACCCAUGUCAGACUCCAUCGAAGUAGACUGUUUUGCGGGAUCACCAAGAACAACAGCAAAAACAAUAGCAAUGGCAAGGCUGAAUCAAAUGUGAGCACUUACGACGAGUCUUACAGGCAACUAGACAAUCUCAACUUCGUGACUGCUGCUAAGAUGCUCUUCACUGAUCCUCCCAAGAAAAAGAAGUUUGGAUCAAAAAGUUCUUCGGCUGGUUCCUCUAUGUUUGAUUUUCAUCUUGUACAGCUCUUCUUUGCUUGCCUGCCUUCAUUGGCUGUAUAUUUGGUGGCUCAAUAUGCUCGCUAUGAAAUUAGAAGAAUGGAAGCAGAGCUUGAGCAGAAAAAGAAGCAAGAAGAAGAAGAAAACGCAAAAGAGGCAGAACAAAGUGCCACUGAAGAAAAAGAGGCUGACUCUAAUCCAGAGCUCUCUGAGGUAAAAGUGAGACUAGAAAAACUAGAGGAGGCUGUGAAGGAGAUUGUGGUUGAAUCAAGGAAAGAGGCAGCAGGCAAUGUAACCAAGAACCAGCAACAUGGUAAUGAGAGUAAAAGACUUGCAAUUGGAGAACCUUCUGACAGCAAAAGUAAAUCAGAGCCCAGCAGAUCACUGGAGCAAGACCAACUUAUAAAACAGAAAUCCACUGAACAGUCACCAAGCUUGGAACAAAGUGAAGUAAGAGGAUCAACACCAGUUUCUGAUGCUUCCCAUGAGGACCAAAAGGGCAAUAAUCAAAAGAAAGGACCAACACAAGACUCCAAGAAAUGAAAUGUAAAUUCUGCUAAAUUGUUGCAGAUAUUUUUGCCCAUUUUACUUGGGAAUGCAGUAGGUGCUUGCCAGGAAGAGAAUAGUUGGCAGUUGGCAAGGUGCAUUUAUAGAUCAUAUAAGAAAUAUUUGAUUACAGAGAAAUGAGUUGGUUUUGAUCCCGACCACUGUUUUGAAAGUAGAACUUGGAUGCAUGACUUCUCUAAUAAUGCAAUUGGAUUCUU